CUCACACGCCAUCGAGAUCGAGUACGAAAACAGCCCUGUCGUGUGCACCUCAGUUCUCCAAUUCCAUUCGCAGAACGAAGCAUUACAAUCCCAAUUUCACAGGUUUCGAGCUCCGAUCUCAACAGAAUUGUCGAAGAAUAGAAGACCUAAACUUCGCUGAAACAGCUAGAUCCAGACAGACCGUAGGCGCACGGGAGAUUUGCUGGAACUCAUGGGAAAGGAAACUGUUCAUUAAAGAGUAGUCUUUGUAGUUCGAUCCGGUGACAUGGAGACGAGAUUUGAAGGGAUUUAACCAAUUAAACCUAUUAUAUGAAGGAAAUUCUGAAAGUGUUGGAUAAUGGCGGAGGACACAUUAGAGAAAGUUUCUUUGGAAGAGAAGGAGAAGGAGAAGAAGAAUAUAGAUCCGGAGUUCUUCGCCUGGUUGCUUCAGCCUUCGAGUGCCGAUGUCGAUCCCGAUUACGUUGGAAUUCGACGUCUUCUUCUCUACAGGAAGGCUGAAUCUGGUGUAGAUCGGCGAAUGGACUGGAAAUGCAAUGGAAGAGGUUACGUAGCAUACCGUAAUUAUAUUCGCAGGCCAAGGAAUUGGGAUAGUUUUCGUUUAUCAAGCCAUACAAGCACACCCGGACACAGUGGGCGAUGGGUUCCAUCUCCAGGUCCACCCUCUGUUACGUUUGAGGUGGACAGCUGGAGCUCGAGCAGGGACCUACGAAAUCAUGCUCCAAGCCAUCGUGUGAGUUUCAGCUCUAAUGCAAGUGAUUCUGAUCAUCCGAGUAACAGGGUGGAACCUGCAUAUUCUUUUGUAGGAAUGCAUUGCAUCUUUGACAACUGCAAAUUCUCAGUUACAGUCUUGAAGUUUGGACACAUGAGUUCAGAUCUACUCGCUUAUGGAGCCUCUGAUGGAACCUUGACAGUUUGUACUGUCUCUGAGCCACCUUCAGUUAUCAAACAGUUGAAAGGGCACUCAAAGGAUGUCACAGAUUUUGACUUCUCAUCCAACAAUCAAUAUAUUGCUUCAUCAUCAAUGGAUAAAACUGUGAGAGUCUGGGCAAUAUCAGAAGGCCAUUGCAUUCGAGUUAUAUAUGGAGUCUCUUCACAAUUGUGCAUUCGUUUUCACCCAGUAAAUAAUAACUUCCUUUCAGUUGGCAAUGCAAACAGAGAAAUCACUGUAAUUAAUUUCAGCACUGGGAGGAUCAUAAAUAAAGCAGGAUUUGAGAGCGAGGUUACAGCUAUGGAUCACGAUCAUACUGGUCAACUAAUAUUUUGUGGGGAUGCUCAGGGAUGCAUAUACACUGUAAGUAUGACUUCCCACACAGGAGCAUUAUCCCGAACUCAUCGCAAUCGAAGCAGCAAUAACAGUAAAUCACCAAUCACAACUAUCCAGUAUCGAACCUUUUCUCUGUUGGCAAGGGGGCCUGUGUUGCUAGCAUGUGCACAAGAUGGAAGCUUGUCUUUUUUCAGUGUUGCUUUGGAAAUACAGGGCUAUUUGACUCUCCGAUGCUCUCUCAAAUUGGCUCCUCGAGUCCACCGUAUACGCGCUUCCUUCUGCCCUUUGCUCUCUCUUGAAAAAGGAGAAUUCAUAGUUGCUGGAAGCGAGGACUCAAAUGUCUAUUUCUAUGACUUGACUCGGCCAAGGCACACUUGUGUAAACAAGCUACAGGGUCAUGGUUCUCCAGUUAUAGGGAUCGCUUGGAACCAUGGUGAGAACUUAUUGGCUUCAUCAGAUUCUGAUGGAACUGUUAUUGUAUGGAAGAGAGCGAAGUCAAGUUGAAACAACCGUAUACAGUAAUGCAGGUGUCCGAUACACAUAUACCGAGUACAGAAAAAUGUCAGUACUUUUUGCCCCAUUACAUACUUUUGUCAGCAGCCCAGAUCACAUGCAACAGUUUCAAAUUGGUCGUUUCAAACAUUGUUGAGACUUGAGAUAUACGAGACCUAUGUCCAAGAAAUUAAAAACAGAAAAGAAAGAUGCGAGAUGAGGAUAGAAAUCCAUGCUGGAAAUUAGUUCUGUGUAAUCUUUAUCUUUCAUUGGCUCUUCCUGACUUGCAUUGAUGGAUUUCAUAUCCUUGAGUUUCUGAGCAAAGACGCAGGCAUGUCCGUAAUUUCAUUGGAAUUUAUGUUGCUUCUCCGCUUGUAGGUUAUAGGUUAUAGCAAGGUGUUUUGCGGCACAGGAGGUCUUAAUAGUUUGACCUUACUCAAAGUACACGACGAUCAAAUGUUUACAGGCAUUACUUUUGUAGUUCAUGUCAAGUGGUUUAGUACUACUGAUGUAGUUUAUGUUGA